UGUUACAACUGAAAUAAAAGAAAGAAAGAAGCAGAAAUCGGCCAUUGGCUGUAUGGCCUCGCCCUCCCGGUCCCGGCAUGCGUGUGUUGUAAUGCCCCUGGCUGUGUGCUUGUGUGCGAGUGACUGUGUGAAACGUAGCCGUGGGCGGCGGCGGGGAAGCCUAGAGUCCGAGCUGCAGAACGAGUGGGGCCGGUGCCGCUGUCUGCGUGGCUGGAGCAGAUCCAGGGCCGCCGGGUGAAGGCCGACGUCGACGAGGGCGUGCCCGCGGCCAUGGCGGUGCUCGCGGCCCGCGGCCCGCACCCCGACUCGCGCGUCGGCGGCGGCGCGCUGCUCGACGUGGACGGCAUCAUCAACCGCCUCAAGAGCAACAUGCAGUCGUCCGUGCGCCGGCGCCAGGCCGAGCCGUCCUUCGACUGCAAGAACUGCGGCAAGAAGUACACGCUGAAGAACAACCUGCUGCGCCACACGCGCCUCGAGUGCGGCAAGGAGCCGCAGUUCCCCUGCCCCUUCUGCCCGCACCGCAGCAAGCGCAACGACCGGCUCAUGCAGCACGUGUCCAGCCAGCACAAGGAGCAGCUGUACGCCGGCCGGGUCGAGAUGCCCAUCCUCCAGUGAUCCGCGCUUCUAUUACUCACAAUUCCCCCCCCCCCCUUUCUUUUUCUUUCUUCUGCGUAUAAUUUAUUUUGUGUGUGGUGCACUCAUCUAUAAUUUUUGUGUGUGCACAAACAAUAGUGUUUUUUUUUUGUGUGUGUUGAAGUAGUCAUAGUCCUUUGGUGUGAUGGGCUUAAUUUUAUUAUGAUUCCACUUGAUAUGCACUCAUACCAAAGAUUUUAGAAAUGUAACCACUGAGUGAAUCAAGGAAGAUAUAUAUAAUAUAUAUAAGUCACGUCUGAUUUUUAUAAAGAAAACAACUAAACAAAUUCCACUAUAUUUGCUUUAUUUUUUAUUAAAGGAUUGUAUUAUAUUUAGGUAUCUUUUACGCACUGCAAGCCUCAUUCCAUGUAAAAUUCUGCGAUCUGACACCAAAGCCUGCUGCACUCAUGGCAUUCAUGAAUAUGGCUGAUCUCGGUUAGUGUUAACUCCUUUAUGUUCAUAAAAGGACAAAUUUUCUUAAGAUUUUUCGUAAUGCAUUUGUGAUAAUCACUCCUUUUUGGGUUUAGUUAGAUCUGACUUGUUAAAAAGAAUACUUUUGUGCCUUUGAACCAAAUAAAUCUAUUGCAUUCUCAUGGCAGCAUUUAAAAAGUGCUGUGUAAAUUACAGUACGGGUAAUGAUUAACAGUCAAUGUAUGAUUAAGCUCCAUGAUAAUUGUGGUAAUAUAUUUUGGUGGAGAAGAGUUGUGUAAUUUGUGAAGAAAAUGCUUUUGCUCAGAGAUUGAGCUUAUUAGUCAUAAGAAGUCUGAACACUCCUUGCAAAUUUCUUUCUUGUAAAAUGAGAAUGAAAUGUCAAUUGUCAUUUGUUUAGAGUAAUUGUCCAAUUCUAUAUCACCGACGGUGGUCCUGACAGUGGUUUCCGGUCAGCCCUGCAUCUUUAAUUCUGAUGUAACGACUGGAAGAGGACUAGUAACCAGUGCUUGGCGAGUGAAGUGGUUUGUUAGGCUCCUUAUUUCUGGGAACUUUAUCAUGUGGUGAACUACUUAGUGUUCAAGUAUUCUUGUAUAAGAUCUCUAUUAUAUUUAUUAUUCUUUUGUACUCAAACAUUUACCAUAAGAGUAUUAAGAAAAUCUUACCUGUGCCAGUUUGAAAAGAAAAACAAACUGUUGUUCUCCAAAAAUCUAUAAUUUUAAGUCAUUUUACCCCUUUGGGACCUGUACUGUAUAAAUUUUGCCUGUAUUCUGUAUGACAUAACGUAUUUUUCCAGUCCUAUUGGCGUUGCCGAGCAACUUAGUUGUAAUUGUAUUUGCAUUUUUUGCCAGUAAAUAAAACAAAACAAAAAUCCCUC